UCAUAGAGAGGGUUACUGUUGUGUUGCAGUAGAUACACAUAUAUACGGAAGUGAAAAAUUCGUUGGAUGUUGACAGUUGAAGUUGUAACCCCAUGUCCGAGAGAAUUUGGAUUGUAUAGAGUUUCUAAACCCGAUAAUUGUUGUGACAACAAGUUAAGCCAGACAAGAUCAAUUGGAAUAGUGAAUGUAGAGGUUUAAUUAAUAUGCAUCCGUUGAACAUUGGAUAAUGUCGCGAUGCGGAUAGGACAAAAUGACAACUUGGACAGUCAAAAUAUCAGGGAUAAGUUGAUUGAAUCCUGAAUACAAAACCAGGACAUCCGGUCAGCAUCUCUCGUACACGGACAGGUCAGAGAGAUGGCAUCGUUUGACCCAGAAUAUAGAAUUAGGCUUCAAAAGGUGGAGGAAAAGCUGGUGGACUCAAAUUCCGAGUUAAAUGUGAACGGGCUAUUGGAUGGCUUAUCCUCGCUUAUUGCAGACUUGGACUAUCCAGCCAUCCGGAGAAACAAGAGUGUCGACCAGUUUGUGGGCAAAUAUGGAAAGGCAGUGGAGUUUGUCAACAGCUGUCGUAUGCGACAUUCUGACUUUGAAGUUGUCAAAGUCAUUGGGAGGGGUGCAUUCGGGGAAGUUCAGCUAGUGAGGCACAAAUCAACGCGGAAAGUGUAUGCCAUGAAACUGCUAAGCAAAUACGAAAUGAUAAAGAGAUCAGAAUCUGCAUUUUACUGGGAAGAAAGAGAAAUAAUGGCAAAUGCUAACAGUUUAUGGAUUGUACAGCUACACUUCGCAUUUCAAGACUCCAAAUUUCUGUACAUGGUAAUGGACUACAUGCCAGGUGGUGAUCUAGUCAACCUCAUGAGUAACUACGACGUUCCUGAGAAGUGGGCCAAGUUCUACUGUGCAGAAGUGGUUCUUGCUCUCAAUGCAAUUCAUUCUAUGGGAUUCGUACACAGGGAUGUUAAACCAGACAACAUGUUACUGGACUCAUGUGGACAUUUAAAGCUAGCUGACUUUGGAACUUGUAUGAGGAUGGACAAGGAUGGAAUGGUUCGAUCAGAUACAGCAGUAGGCACGCCUGAUUACAUAUCUCCGGAGGUACUCCAGUCUCAGGGUCGGCCUGGUUAUUAUGGUCGCGAGUGUGAUUGGUGGUCAGUCGGUGUCUUCCUUUAUGAAAUGUUGGUUGGUGACACACCCUUUUAUGCAGACUCUUUAGUUGGAACUUACGGGAAAAUUAUGGAUCACAGAAACUGUCUCAACUUUCCAUCAGAAGUGGAAAUGUCUAACGAAGCUAAGAGCCUUAUUUGUGCCUUCCUAACGGACAGGAAUGAGCGGUUAGGAAGGAAUGGUAUUGAGGAGAUACAAUCACACAAAUUUUUUGCCAAUGAUCAGUGGUCUUGGGACAACAUCAGAGAAUAUGUACCACCAGUCGUGCCAGAGCUCGUCAGUGAUGUUGAUACAAGUAACUUCGAGGACAUAGAAAAAGACGAUUCCCCAGAUGAGACUUUUGCGAUUCCGAAAGCUUUUUCUGGGAACCACUUACCAUUUAUAGGUUUUACUUACAGUAGAAGUUAUCAAUUACUACAAGAGGGCAUAGGAGGACAGGCACAAAAGCGGGGUGGGCAAUCCACAAUUGAUGAAGGUGACGAAAAACAGCUUCAGGACCAGGUUCGAUCCCUCAGAACAUCUAAAGACGAAGUUGAAAAGAAAUUCUCGAUGCUGAAGCUAGAUUUGGAUAGAAUUUCGACAGAGGAGUCCAGAUUACGACGGGAGUGUAGUGAAUUUGAGAAGAAAAUGGCCUUGUUGAAGCAUGACCAGAAAGAGAGUCAGAGGAAGGCAGACAUUGAGGCAGAGAACAGAAGGAAGCUGGAGGUGUUACUAAAAGAGAAAGAUCAGCUACUGGCUGAAGAGGUCAAUUUACGCAAGCGAGAACAGAAUAGCAAAAACAGUACCAGUGAUCGGCUAGCAGGACUAGAAAAAAUGAUCGCAGACCUGAAUGAAAGAUUAAAAAUAGAAUCCGAUAAUGCAGCUAAGUUCAAGAAAAAUUGCUCAGAACUACAACAGCGAUAUUCAAUCCUGGAGUCCAACUACACAGACCUCAACACGAAACACACAGAAGUAGUUAGUAUCCGACAGUCAUUACAGAAGGAGCUUAUCGAUUUCCAGGCUAUCCUAGAUCAGGAACGCAACUCCCAUAGCCAGAGCUCGGCUCAUACACAAGAACUCAACGAAAGAAUAGCUAAACUUCAGGAAGAAAAGGAAAGAGCAAUUGAAAAAGAACAUAAUCUCAAUGAAGAAAUACAACGCCUUAAUGAAUCUAUUGGCCGACUAGAAAAGGACAAGAAAUAUAUGGAGAUAGAACUGGAGGCCUACAGGAGGAAGCUAGACACUGAAGUUGGCUCACAUAAAGACACUGUUGCUAAAUUCAAUGCUGACAAGAGGACUCUACUCAUAUCGUCUGAGGAGGCAAACAUGGAGGCUGUGAAAGAGAUCCAAAAUAAGUAUGACCAGGAGCACAGGACACGGAUGAUGUCAGAAUCACGACUUAUGGAUAUUGAAAAGAAAAACUCAGAACUUUUAGUAGAUAUUUCUCAGUUCAAACAGCAGGUGUCUUCAUUGCAAAGUUCACUAAGUUCUGAACAAGAAAAGUCAAGAAAUUUAUCAUUACAAGUUGAACAGGAGAUUCAGCGAAGGAAUUUAAUGCAGGGUGAUUUCAAAGUGCAGGCUCAAGAUUUGACAAAAGCAAAGAGCCUAGAAAGACAUAUUCAGAAGGAACUUGAUGAUGCCAAAGAGGAAAAGCACUAUUUGGAGGAAGAAUUACGGAGACUGAAAGAAGAUAUGUCAGUCACAGAUUUACAAAUGAAGGAACUUCAGGACCAACUGGAGGCAGAACAGUAUUUCUCAUCACUAUACAGGACGCAGGUGAAGGAGCUUAAAGAAGAUGUGGAAGAGAAGAGUAAACAGCACCAGGAUGCGGUCAUGGACCUAAAGAGUGUAGAAAAGGAAAAAGACUCCAUGGCUGUUCAGUUAGAGAUUGCAUUGUCCAAAGCAGACUCUGAGCAGCUGGCCAGAUCUAUCGCAGAGGAACAGCUAUCUGAUGUGGAAAAAGAAAAAACAGUUUUAGAAUUAGAAAUUAAGGAACUAAUGGGUCGACACAAGAGUGAGACUAGCAAAAAGGAAUACCAGUAUCAGGUGCUGGAAGAGUCAAAGCGUGACCUUGUAAAACGAAACCAAGAGAUUCAAGCAGAAUGUGAUGAACUUAGUAAGCAAAUGAAGAAAAAGGCAGAAGAGUUACGUAGUGCACAAACACAUAAUGCAGAGGGUGCUGGAAGUGAAUUAGAAAAAUUACGAAAGAAUUUUGAAGAGGAGAGGAUUAAAAAGAUUCAGGCUGUGAAUAAGUUAGCAGAGAUAAUGAAUAGGAAGGAGUUCAAGGGAAAGAACAAGAAGAGCACUCCUGAUGCAGAUAUGAAGAAAAAGGAACGGGAAUUACGCAAAGCUCAACAGGAACUUCAAAUGGAAAGAGAGAAGUACAAUAAGAUGAUUGAGAAGUACUCAAGGGACCUGAGCGAGACACAGGCUGCAUUAUAUGAGGAAGGCCAGCAACGUUCCAAGUUACAGAUGGAACUGGAUGCGAAAGACAGUGAAAUUGAGUUAUUGAGACAAAAGCUUACUUUCCUUAAUGUGGACACUGCAUCAGUGAAUAGUGGUAAUGGUGAAAAUGACGGAGACCUUAGUAUCACAGGUAUAUCUCCAGUAACCUCGGACACGCUCAUGGAGGGUUGGCUAGCUGUACCCAACAAGUCCAAUAUUAAAAAGUAUGGCUGGAAGAAACAGUAUGUGGUUGUUAGUAGUCGCAAGGUGCUGUUCUACAACUCCGAGAAUGAUAAACAGAACGCAGACCCUGUAUUGGUGCUAGAUAUUGAAAAACUAUUCCAUGUACGACCGGUGAGCCAGGGUGAUGUAUACAGAGCAGAUGCCAAAGAUAUCCCCCGGAUAUUCCAGGUCCUGUAUGCUACUGAAGGAGAGAAUAGACGUCCCGAUGAAAUUACUCAUGAUUUGAAUCAGGACAAAUCUGCAAUGGUUCAGCACAAAGGACAUGAGUUUAUACCCUUACAUUUCCGUACCCCAACAAAUUGUGAUGCUUGCAACAAGGCAGUGUGGCAUGUUCUUCAUCCUCCACAGGCUCUCGAGUGUAAACGAUGUCACAUCAAAGUACACAAAGACCACUAUGACAAAAAUGAGGAAUUUGUAGGAUAUUGUAAAGUGAACUAUGACCAGAACAUCCAGGCUAAAGAGAUGUUGUUACUAGCAGAGUCUAUCGACAAACAGAAACACUGGGUUACACACCUGAGUAAGAAGAUUACCAAGAAGGGAAUAGUCAGUUCUGGAAAUCUUGGUACUUCUCGUGGCACAAGACAGUACUCCUCGUUUGGUAUGCAACGCCAAAUUGGAAAUCAGAGAUCGGCAUCCACACUUCCUCCGAACACACGGCCAGUGUGAUCCAACAUCAUCAGAAUAAUCAUUUCAUCAUCAUUUUUAGCAAAAUUAUAAUUAAAAAGUAUGGUGACUUUGACUGAUAUGUUUUCUAAAUCAUUCAUCUGUCGAGGUAUUGGAUCACGAGCUGCCAAUGAAAUAUGAAGGAACAUAUCUGGCUAUUCAAUAGACAAAUUUCGCUACAUUUUCCAACGAAAUAAUGGCCACUGUUCUUGCUCUUGCAGAAUCAUGCAGAGUUUGAAUAGUUUCUUUUGUGAAUUGUCAUAAUUGUACACUAAUUAUCUUAGCACAAAGUGAGGAUCUUUAUCAUAUUUCUGUUACUGUGAGAUACAGAUAUGUAGUUCCAGGAUAAAACUAAAGUUUAUAUACAUAUAUGUUGUCAGAGUGAUAAAUCCAAGAAUAUGCAAUACUGAUACAAUAAUCAUAAAAUCAAGAUCAUUUUAGACUUUUUUUUGUCAUAUGUAUGGAAAAAAACCCACAAACAAAAAGAGCCUGAUUUUACUGUUUAUACUUCAUCUUCAUUAAGAAAAUUUGCUAGAAAACCUCAUGAGGUUUAAAAUGCCAGUGUGGUUGGGCUAAUCCCGUCUUUAGAUACUGCCUCGAUCAUUGCCAUUGGAGGUACACUUGGAGUAAAACUCCAGAAAAGUAUAUUUACCUUCAGCCUAGAUUUAUUCUUGGCACUUCAGAUUAAAUAUCUCAUUAAUGCAGGCCAUGUUUUGCAGUAAGAUGUACGUGUAGUAAGAUAUUGUGUAAAUACCAGCUAUUUCUCUCUCCUGAUACACACCAGGUUCCAUCUAACCUUAUUGUAAAGGUCAUAGUAUUUCUGUGGAUCCAAUUUGGCUGUAUUUGCAGUAAUAAUUUUUCAUUGAAACAAAUCCAUGCAAAAGGAACAGAAAUGCAAGCAUUGUUGCGAUGCGUUACCUUCAAUUUUUGCUUUCUUAUACUGCAAAACCACACAAAUUUGGACUCACAAAAAUAAAAGUUAUUUUUUGUGUAGCUAUUAUCCCAUUAAGUCAGUGUAAAUGCAUACAUUUAAAUGUACUAACCAGUUUGUGCAUGGUUAAAGGAAUAUAUAAGAAUGGACGAGCAAAUAUGAGAUACGAACAAUUUUGAUGUAAAUAUUUCUGUGUUUUUGUAUUUGUUAAUGUUACCACAGUAUGUAUGUGUUAUAUAUGUUGUAUAAAGUCUUCAUUCAAUGUACUUACUGUCGAGAGAGUCUGGCUGUAGUGCUAGUCUGAUACUUUGUCUCUGUACACAGUUCUUGUAAAAGGAAAGACACUUUUAAUGGAUCGAUAUGACAGAAAUUAUUCUGUACAAGUGUCUGGAAUGUAAAUUUCGUGUGUUCCUGAUUGGAGGAUAAUGAGUUUACAGUAUGUUUUGAUAUCAUCUAUAUUCAAAACCAUGUAAUUUAUUGAAAAUAUAGCAAUACACAGUCCAGUUUAUUUAAGGUGAAAGAACCCAUCUUUUUACAUCAGGUUAUUUUAAAAUCAUAUUUUGAGUAAGUCUUGGAUAGCAAUCCUUCAGCUGAAGUAAUGAUCAUUUUGAUUAUGAGAUUUGUUAAAAAAUUGAUGUCCAGGAUUAUUUCUGAUCUUCAAUUAAAAGCAUGAGAUGAAAAUUUAUAAUGUAAAAGACCAGAUGAUAUAUUUCGUUUUUUCUUAGGUCAUUGAAUUUCUACAUGUGAUUUCAUUGAAAUUCCUUGAAUCAAAAUUAAUCAGUUGGAAAGAUUUUCCAUACUUUUGAAAUAUGCUGGCUGAGACAUUGGUCUUCUAUGGAUCUACUCCAGUAUCAAUACAGAUGAAUCUCCCCAAUAUUGUUGGAAUGAUAAAAAGUGCAAUAUUUUCAUAGGAAUUUUUCCAAUCUACACUGGAACUAAUGCUGCUGAAAUUGAGAAUAUUGGUUGUAUUAAGACAAACUAAUUAUUUUGUCAAAUUUUUAAUUUUUUCUCCAGCUCAUUCAAACAGUGAAUGAUUGAAUUUCUUUCAAAACACACGAAAACAUUUUGUGCGACUUUUGUUUUUGUUUUUUUUUUUAAUGAGAAUCACAUUUUUCCUUAUAAUGUUGUAAUUGUCUUUCAAGAUUUGUUUGUUUAUUCGGGUUUUUUUUCUCUCUUCUACUUUUAUACUUUUACUCAUAAACAUAUUCAACCAAAAUUAAAUUUGAUCUAUUCAGAUACAACUGAGUCUUUCUGUUGUACGAAUUAACAAUACCAAUUUGCUUGACUCCUUUUCUAUACUGUUUGCUCCUAUGUAAGGCCUUGGUGUUUGUCCGUUCAGUGUUUCCGUGUAAAAAAAUCAGGCGUCACUUGUAUGAUAUACCCCCUAGUAAGCUCACAUAUAAAUAUACUCAUGAAAAGCACUUCCCUGUUAAGUUUGAAAUAAAAUUCAAAAGAGUGUUUUUUAAUUAUUAGAAUUAUUAAUGCAUUCCAUGAUGUCAUUUGUUAAUGACCUAUUUUUUAACCCUCCCAUUUGAUUAGUUUAUAGAUCAAACUUCUUAACUUACUACUAAAGUGCUAGCAGAGAAAAUAUUUAUAUUUUGGUUAAUGUCAAUGGUGUUGUAAACCUGUGUUUGUGUAAUAUUUCUGUGAAAUUUGUUGGACUUUAGAUAUAUGAGUUUAAUAUUAUGCAGUGGCUUUGCUUGUUUAGGCAUUUCAUAAAUUGAGCAGAGCUAUUUUUUCCCCCAAACCUUUAUACACACUAUGUUACGACUAUGCUAGCUGAUGGUGUAAAGUUUACAUUUAACUACAAGGUAAAGACAGUUCAAUAGCUCAAUAUGUAUGAUUACUUAGUUCAGGAAAUGGAAGAUAACAAAGCAAUUUUAAGUCAUUACAUUUAUUUUGUCAUCGCUGCUCUAGGUUUCAUCGCUCCCGUCUGGUGAGUCAUGUGUUUCGUAACAUUUUUGUGAAACUAUGAAAUCUUAGAUGCCACACUUCAUGUUUUCACUGUGAGAAGUUUCAUUCAGAAAGAAAUUGAUUUCCUUAAAUAGAGAUUUGAAGGAAUAUUCUGUAUUUAUGAAUUGUGAGAACAGAUUUUGUUUUAAUAUUGGAUAUUGUCAAAGCACAAGAUAACAUUCAAGUAUAAAUUCAUUUUGGUUUAUGUAAUUCUAUACUCGAUAGAAAUCUGUCGGAAUACGUAAGCUUUCUCUGUUGAUUAUAUAAGCUCCUGAUAUUAAGAAUUGAGGGAUGUAAGAAAAGACUUCAUACCAUUUCUUGUUGAUACAAAAGAAAGAAGUUUGCAAAUAGAUCUACUCUUGAAUUAGUGCAAGUGAAGUUAACAUGUCAAUUAAUAAGUUUCUCUUUAAGCUAUAAUUAUAUGCAAAUUGUCUUAAAGUAGUCAUCUUUGUGAUUUCAGACCUCAAUCUCUGCAAUUUUUAUUGAUGAUAGUAUCAUAUAUUUGCAGUCACACAGAGACUUUACAUCUGGAACAUGUCUCAAAAUCACACAUACAUAUGUGUAGGAGCCUGCUGAGCACAAGAGUAGUGCUGGUAUAUGGAUGUAACUAGACUGGGUAGUUAUAUAUAUAAUUUAAUGUCACAGCAGUUCAGAGGCUGGGCUAGCUUGACUAAUGUGUUCACUUGAACUUGUUGUGUUACAUUGUUGAUAAAUUAUGGUGCUGCCACUGUUUGCAUAACUGUUGAUAUUAUGUUUAACAGUUUUUUUUUUGUUAAAGACACAAUAGUUGAGUUAUAUCAGUCAUGUUCCAAUAUUGUAUGUCAGCAAAAUUGAUAAAUCUUUGUGAAAAUCUACCUUGCUGUAAAAUAUUGAUAAAGAAUAAUUAUUACAAAAUGUACAAUAGUUGUCAACCCAGACUUACAGCAUUUUAAGCUGAUAUGGGAUAAUGAAAGUGUGUAAAUAUGUAUGUAUGUGCAUGUAUGUAUGUAAUGUGUGGAAUUUUACAUGAAUGGAAGCUGGUAUUAAUGAAUAUCCCCACUUUAGGCAUUUUCCAUAUAUGGUAUAUAGGUUUAAGUUGAUUAAGAACACAAAUCCUGAUUGAGACCCUUUACCACUGCUUUUAAAAAAGUUGCUUCAGUUCUAGGCUUUGCAUUUAUAGGAUCUUAUAUCUAUUGUUAUAUAUCAGACUAAAACAUGGACAAGGAUAGAUCUCCAAGGAAAUGCAUCAUUAUUGUUAUUUUAUUUUCUUUGUUUUGUUGCUGUAUAGCAAACUUUUCCGAUCUCUUCAUCGAAUGAUAGGAAGUUGAAAGUUUUUGCUUUCUGAAUAUUUCAGUGUGCAUGGUUGUGACUAUUCUUUAUUUUUUCUUUCUUCUUCUUUUUUUUUUUUUAGAGCUGAUUACUUUAUAUGAGAAUAUAUUCAAAAUGAUCAGAAAUGUAGAUAAUACCAAACCACUUCCAUUGCAUAAAACCUGUUACAUAUUGCUUCACAGUGAUUCUCAAAUGUGUUGGAAUAGGACAUGUAUUUCCCCAAUUUUGUUGAAUUUUACGCAAGUUCUCCUUUUUUUUUUUUUGAGUUAAAUCAUUGAACUCUAAAAAUAAUAAAAGUAUUUGUAGGAUGUCUCAAAAAUAAUGCUAAAAGUGUGGACACAGACUAGUCGUUUCCCUUGUGGAACUCGAAUCAUUCCAAUUUCCAAAUUGGGCAUUCUGCUUCAGAAUAUGAGAUGACCUUGACUGCUCUACUUGCCCCAGUAAUCCUUGCUAUCACGUUUGUUUCAGGUUACAUCUCAGAGAAAUCCACUGCUAUUAUUUCACUGCCCAAUUUCGAUGUUUAGACAUAGAAUAUUUGCAGUUCUUCAUCAUCAAUUAUAGUUAGAUAGAAUUUAGAAAACAAAUGUUCUAGAAUCAUCUCUUCUCGUUGGUAUGUUUAAUCUCUAAAAUCUUUACACGUAAUGUUUCUUAUCUUCAAGAUUACUGAUUAGCCAUCAAUGUAUACGGUACUGUAAAUGUACUUAAUUUGUCGCAUUGAAAAUUCAGCACAUAUCAUUUUUGGGCAUAUUAGCACCAUCGUAAAUUCAAGCAUCCAUAAAAAUUGCUAUUUAAGCAGCAUAAAUAAACUAGCUCUAUCAUUAUUUUAGUACAAUACACUCGGUGCGAAAUGCACUAAAGUGAGAUUUAACACUGAAAUAUGUAUGUUUACAUCACCUAAUUUCAUCAAAAUUUUCAAUCAAGAGUAGAUCUCUGAACUGGGAGAAGGGAGAUCAUUAUUAACUUCAAAUGUACCUUAUAUCAAAAUGUAAAUAUAAUCAUUUCUGUUAUACAAGAUAGAAAAAAUACCUUCUGACAUCAUGAUAACCUUAUAUGGGGAAAGCAGAAGUGGGGUCAAAGGUCACAUCUUAGAUGUGUAUGUCUCAUCAUCAAAUACACCUGCAGUUUAAACUAGAUAGGUGAUAUGUAUAUAAAUAAGUUAUUUACCAGUACUAGUUACACUUAAGCAUACCAAUGCUUCUUCUAAUGUAUUAUCAAUACAAUUGUUUAUCUAAUUUACUCUUGUAUAUUAUAUACAUGCCUUGUAUCAGUUCUGUUUCUUCAACAACAACAACAACAACAACAAUUAUGUGAUAUAAACUUAAUUAAAACCAAUUUAACAAUACAUGUCAUAUUGUGCUAAUAACAUGUAUGGUUGCUGAAGCAAAAAGUGCCUAAUUUUAGUGCACCAUUUAUAUUAAAAUAUUAAUGAUA